UUUUCCAUAAUUGACCCCUAAACUCUUGGAUCCAAAAUCCAUCUCCAAGAUGCAUUUCAGAUGAGGGCGUAUAUAAAGAGGUGCAUCUGCCGGCGCACCAAACGUUACCCCUUUUAUAAACACUGCCCCAAUCUCCCACAAACGCACCGAGUUCCCGCAAUUUCCCUCUGGGGAAAGGGAUCGAAAGCACAGGAAAAUCUGGACCGUCCAUGGAUUCCAAUCCAACGGCCAAUAUUGGAUUCAACCACCUCACACGGAUCGAUCAAUCGACCGUUGAUUACAAAAACAUAUUCAACGAUCUCCAUUUCUUCCCUCCAAUGCUUAGCUCAAGAUUUAAACCCUCGCCAGGGAAGCGUAUCAUCACAAGCCUGUGUCCUGCAUUCUAGUGAGAGAGAGGGACUUCUAGAGAGAGAAAGAGAGAUGUCAGGAAGAGGAAAAGGCGGAAAGGGCCUGGGAAAGGGAGGAGCAAAGAGGCACAGGAAGGUAUUGAGAGAUAAUAUUCAGGGGAUCACGAAGCCUGCAAUUCGGCGCUUGGCUCGAAGGGGUGGAGUGAAGAGGAUCAGCGGUUUGAUCUAUGAAGAAACCAGAGGGGUCUUGAAGAUCUUCCUUGAAAAUGUUAUUCGUGAUGCUGUAACCUACACGGAGCAUGCCAGGCGGAAGACUGUGACUGCCAUGGAUGUGGUCUAUGCUCUCAAGAGGCAGGGUAGGACCCUCUAUGGUUUUGGGGGUUAAGAUUCUAACCUUCAGAGA